AUGCCUGAAGCGGCAGCAAAGGGCAUGGCCCCCAAAAAGGGGCCAAAGAAAACUGCCACCAAGAAACGUGGCAAAGGUGAGAAGAAGCGCAAGAAAAGCAGGAAGGAGAGCUACAGCAUCUACAUCUACAAGGUGCUGAAGCAGGUCCACCCGGACACUGGCAUUUCCUCUUCAGCCAUGAGUGUCAUCAACUCGUUCGUCAACGACAUCUUCAAGCGCAUCGCCUGCGAGGCGUCCCGCCUGAUCCGCUACAGCAAACGGCACACCAUCUCCUCCCGGGAGAUCCAGACCACCAUCCGCCUCCUGUUGUUGGGGAAACUGGCCAAACACGCCGUCUCCGAGGGCACCAAGGCGGUCACUAAAUAUACCAGCUGCAAAUAG